UCAAAUGCGUUUAAUAUUGUAAUUAAUCGGACAUUUGGCCAACCUGAUUAUUUUAAUCUAUACGAAGCUGAUUCUUAUGAAAGUGGCACUUUGCUAAUUGGCGUGAAUGCAAACAACAGUUUUUUAUUUUCUUAUACCGAAAUACACGUUAUUUUUACCAAUGGUACAAACACUACAAUUGAUCUCCUUAAUCUUUUUGGCACCAAAUAUUAUUCUAUUUUUCAAUUUAAUGCCUUGGAGCCAUCUUUUAUUUUUCUUGUGAACGAGAAUCAGCAAGCACAAUUUGGUUGGAUAGUUAUUGAUUGGUCAGGAAAUAUAUUAUCAGA